ACAAGCGCUGAAUGUGGCUAAGAGAAACAACAAUAAUAUGUUUUGGUGAAUAGCCUUGAAAUACAAACAUAUAUUUUGUUGCUGAGUUUUUUGAGAAGAGAUAAAAAUGCCUCUCUUUAGUAGUUUCAAGAAAACUUUCCGGUUGAAUUCUGUACUCAAACCGAGUAAGGAGAAUGGAAAUAUUGGGGAACCGAUCUGCGGCGCUUACAGGAUUAACAGAGAAGAAUUUAUGAGUAGCAAAGACCUAACGAAAAGAAACACAUCGCCCAUAGUACAGAUGACAUAUACACAACCUACUCUCAAGCAUUCUCACAGCACGGACAAUAUGUUAAGCAAUAGACAACUACCUAAUACGAGACAGAGUAUGCCAGAAAUAGCACACCCGGAACCAGCACCAAGGAAAAGUAAGAAUGAGAAGGAACAAAGAAAAGUAGAAAGACAUGAGGCAGAAAGAAAGUUGGAACUAGCACAGAAGAAGCGAGAAAAACUAGUUUUAAAAGAGCAACAAAUACAGAAACUGAAUAAAGAACAGGAAAAGGUACAGAAGAAGGAGGCGAAAGUACAGGAGAAGGUUCAAAAGAAAGAGGUAAAAGAGCAGGAAAAGUUAACAAAGAAAGAAGUAAAAGAGCAGGAAAAGUUAACAAAGAAAGAAGUGAAAGAGCAGGAAAAGGCACAAAAGAAAGUGGUAAAAGGACAGGAAAAGGCACGUUAUAAAGAUGUCAAAUCAGAUGUGAAGACAUCGAAAGUUAAAUCGAAGAAGAAUGCCGUACAACAACCGCAAUUAGUUAACGUUAAUGUCACUAUUGCACCAACCCGGGUUAUUCCAGAAGCUCCAAAUUAUUCUACAAAUACUCUAGAUAGUUCUAUAAGUAGAACUAGUGGACCACCACCUUACACUGAAGAACCAAACAUAACUCCAAAUGGAAAUGAUAACACAGGAAAUACGAGUUUUUCCACACCAGCCGAAGAUUUCGGCAGUUGGGAUUUAAUUUCAGAACAUAGACAACAAUUGGACAGACCUAAAGCUGCUAUAAGCGGCUCUAGACCGACACACAUGGCUUUACAUUACGACAUGAGGGAUAGAAGAGACAAUAGUGAGGUUUAAGUAAAUUAUGAUAUACUUAUAUUAA